AUGAGUCGAACCAUCGCUUUUCUGGGUGCAACAGGUGGAUGUGCAAAUGCCUGUCUCAUCGCUGCACUCAAUGAUGGCUACACCUGCCGUGCACUUGUCCGCACACCUUCCAAACUCACCACAAUGCUGGAAGCCAAAAGCAUUCCCAAGUCCUCGCUCGCCAACCUCGAGAUCAUCCAAGGCAAUGCCAAAGACGUCAACUCCAUCAAGAAACUUCUCCAAACUUCUGCUGACAUUGUAGACACCAUCGUCUUUGGUGUAGGUGCAGCACCAAAGCUGAGACUACACAUCAUGCCAGUGACCCUGGAUGAUCCAAAUCUGUGCCGUACAGCAAUGGCAACUCUCCUUUCUGCAUUGAAUCUGCUCAAAGCUACGACAAAGCCAAGACUACUCGCAAUCUCUACUACUGGCAUCUCCCGUGGUCCUAGAGAUAUCCCUUUUCUCUACAUUCCUCUCUACCGCUUGUUGCUUCAUAUUCCGCACAUUGACAAGCGGGUCAUGGAACAGCUCGUCUGGGAGCAAAAGGACAAACCCGCUACUGAAAGAGUGAUUGGGGAAUUUGCGAUCGUACGACCGACUUUGCUGAUGGAUGGAAAUGGUGUGGGUGUUAGUAACGUCAGAUAUGGUCUCGAGAGCAAUCCUGCAUUGGGCUGGAAAAUUGAUCGCAAAGAUGUUGGCAAUUGGCUGUUCGAGACGGGCAUCAAGCCUGCAGAGUUGGGAGAGUUCAAGGACCAAGCUAUAAGCUUGACGUGCUAA